AUGGGGACGACGGCGAUGGCGAGGCGGCGGCGGCUGCUGCUCCUGGCGCUGGCGCUGGCGCUCGCGGCGCACCGGGCGGCGGCGCGGUUCGUGGUGGAGAAGAACAGCCUGCGGGUCACGUCACCGGCCGCGCUCCGGGGCGUCUACGAGUGCGCCAUCGGCAACUUCGGCAUGCCGCAGUACGGCGGCACCAUGCACGGCGUCGUCGUCUACCCCAAGGCCGACGCCAAGGCCUGCAGGCCCUUCGACGACUCCGGCCUCUCCUUCAAGCCCAAGCCCGGCGGCCUGCCCGUCUUCCUGCUCGUCGAUCGCGGAGACUGCUACUUCACAACCAAGGGAUGGAAUGCACAAAAUGCUGGAGCUGCAGGAGUUCUUGUUGCCGACGACAAAGUCGAGCCUUUGAUCACAAUGGAUUCUCCAGAAUCCAGUGGCACAGAGCACAUAGAGAACAUCACAAUUCCUUCGGCACUUGUGACCAAGAGAUUUGGAGAUGACCUCAGGAAAGCACUGCAAAAUGGAGAGAUGGUGAAUGUUCUUCUGGACUGGAGGGAAUCUCUGCCCCAUCCUGAUGAGCGUGUGGAGUAUGAGUUCUGGACAAACAGCAAUGAUGAAUGCGGCGCUAAGUGUGACAUGCAAAUGAACUUCGUGAGGAGUUUCAGAGGAAUAGCGCAGGCCCUUGAGAAAAGGGGUUACACCCAGUUUACCCCUCACUAUAUCACAUGGUAUUGUCCAGAAGCCUUUAUCCUGAGCAAACAGUGCAAGUCACAAUGUAUCAAUCAUGGGAGAUAUUGCGCACCAGACCCAGAGCAGGAUUUCAGCAUUGGAUAUGACGGCAAAGAUGUUGUGGUUCAGAACCUGAUUCAAAUUUGCGUGUUCAGAGUUGCCAAUGAAACUCGCAGGCCGUGGAUGUGGUGGGAUUAUGUGCACGACUUUGCUGUUAGGUGCCCAAUGAAGGAGAAGAAAUACACACGUGAAUGUGCACAUGGUGUUAUCAAUUCACUUGGAUUGGACAUUGAGAAAAUCAACAAGUGCGUUGGAGAUCCUGACGCUGAUAAAGAAAAUCCAGUCCUCAAAGCAGAACAGGAUGCUCAAAUUGGGCAUGGUUCUCGUGGCGAUGUAACUAUACUGCCUACUCUUGUCGUCAAUAACAGACAAUACAGAGGUAAACUGGAAAAAAGAUCUGUGCUAAAAGCAGUAUGCUCGGGAUUUGAGGAGACAACUGAACCUGAUGUCUGUUUGCGCGAAGAUAUUGAGACAAAUGAAUGUUUGGAGAAUAAUGGAGGUUGCUGGUUAGACAAGGCUACCAAUGUUUCUGCGUGCAAGGAUACCUUCCGUGGUCGUGUUUGUGAGUGCCCUAUUGUCAAUGGUGUAAAGUUUAUAGGCGAUGGGUAUAGCCACUGUGAAGCUUCUGGUCUUGGUAGGUGCCAGAUCAACAAUGGGGCUGCUGGAAUGAGACUAGGAACGGGAAGACUGUCUCUGCCUGCUCAUUUGGAGCAAAAAACUAAUUCUGGAACUCUACAGAAUCAAGAAGCUAAAGGCUGCAAAUGCCCAUCAGGUUUCAAGGGUGAUGGAGUGAACAGUUGUGAAGAUGUCGAUGAAUGCAAAGAGAAACUUUUCUGCCAGUGCAAGGAUUGCGCUUGUGAGAACACAUGGGGAAGCUACGAGUGCAGCUGUGGUGGCAGCAAUUUGCUGUACAUCAGAGAGCAUGAUACCUGUAUCAGCAAACAGUCUAAUUCGUCCCUGGGCUGGGGCUUCCUAUGGGUGAUUUUCUUCGGCCUUGCCUUGGCUGGAGCAGGAGCAUACGCCGUGUACAAAUACAGGCUACGGAGCUACAUGGACUCAGAGAUCCGUGCGAUCAUGGCUCAGUACAUGCCCCUGGAGAGCCAAGAGAUGCCGAACCAACAUCGCUCUGUCGUCCCCGUCGACCAUGCAGACAUCUGA